GCGCCCACUCUCAAAAACUCUCUCUCUUUCUAUCACUCUCAAUCAAACAAAACAAUGUCAACAACCACGCAAACAAUCACCGUCGCCCACCUGGGCGGCAUAACCGCCUCGUACCGCCUCUCCCCCUCCUUCACCGCCAGCAAACCCACUCUCGUCCUCGUAAACUCCUUCCUCACCUCCGCCGCCCUCUUCGACUCCUUCUUCGCCAACGAUGCGCUUACCAGCCGGAUGAACCUGCUGGCAAUUGAGCUGCUGGGACACGGGCAGACGAGGGCGCAUGAGGCGGAGCACUGGACGUAUUGGGAUACUGCCGUGAUGAAUUUGCAGGUUAUGGAGGCGUUGGGGGUGCAGAGGGCGUUUGUCAUGGGGACGAGUCAGGGGGGUUGGGUUACGGUUCGAAUGGCGCUUUUGGGGGGGAAGAAGAUUCAAGGUAUAAUUCCUCUUGGAACAUCACUCGACUACGAAUCCGAACGUAGUCGCCAACUUGGUUGCUGGCAGGCCUUGGAUGCCCUCGCAAACCUCAUCACGGGCGACUUCGGCGCAAAGAAUAACCAGCCCACUCCCGAUUUUGUGCCUACUAAGGAAUUCGCCGAGUUCCUUAUUAGCCAAGGGUUUGGUCAGGAUUGCUCCGCGGAGGUCAAACAAUUCUGGACGGAGCAGCUUCAGAAGAAUUAUACGGGUGAUGAGGGGAGGAAGAGGAUGAGGAUGGCGGCGAUUAAUCUGAGAGAUAGAGAUGGAUUGCACUUGAGAGCUGAGGAUGUCGUUUGUCCAGUUUUAUGGUUGCAUGGAACAAAAGACGUGGUAUACACCGUUGCGAACGCCCAAGAGGAAAUCAAGCUUUUCAAAAACUCGCCCGAUGCACGGCUCGAACUAAUCGAAGGCGGCGAGCACUUUCUGAAUUCCUCGAAUCCAAAUGAGGUCAUGGAGCAUACCAUUGCUUUUGUUGAAAAGUAUGCCAAGUAGUGCAUCUCGCUUGACCCUUUUUGUUUGUUACAAAAAAAACAGACCUAGAAUACGUAAACUUCAGUUCGUGUGCCAUGAUACACUAGAAUUCCCUAUUUUCUUUUCCUUUUCUUUUUAAG